AGGUUCAGUACUUUUUGUGGACAGGUUUUGGGCAAUGACAAGAAGACAAUGUGGUCAUUAAAAAGAUGUUCUGAUGCCGCAAUAAUUAGGCUUCGUUGUCCAGUGUUGGGGUCCAACAUCCAGCCCCUCUAAGCCCACCAACAAGGCCGACUAAAGCCUCCAGCGCCAACAACAAUGGAGUUUUGCAGAGACACGCGGCAAACUGCUGACUGUCCUCCACAGCUAAUGCACGUCCAUUCUGUCCUGACACCCCCCACCCACUCCACACACACACACACACACUGAUGAUGUGAGAAUGCAAAGUUCACUGUUCAGAUUUUUUUUACCCUCUCUGCCCUUCUCCCAUCUUUCUGCUCCCCUCCAUCCGUCCUCUGAGCUUGGUCUUUCAGUCGGUGUGAGCCACACUGAGAGCGUCGCAUCAAGCCCACCUUCGGGAUCGCGUCCGCCCACCCCGAGGCUCGAGUGCAGGCAGCUGUGUUGGUGCGCCCCAGCGGCGUCCUCCUGCGGACCAUGUGUGAGUGUCUCCGUGGAAUAUUCAGAGUCACCUGGACACCUUCCUCUGAUGCAGACUCUGACAGAGAAGAGGACGGCCAUGUUUACAGCACGAGCAGAGAUCAAGCUGUGAAAGAUAAGAGGCGGUCUCCCCCCACUGGCCCGCAUCGCAACGCUCGCCACAGCGGCUCUGCGGAGGACCACGAGAGUCCAGAGAGAGUGGAGCAGAAGGAGAAGCUCCAUGCGGAGUUGAAGCAGGUGCUGAGUCAGAAGAGAAGUCACCUGAGAGAGUCCGCCUGUCAACCGGCGCAGCCGGCGAUGGAUCCACAACCUGGCAGCGAGCCCACCGUCGAGGCGGAAGCCUCCAAGCCGCAGGAGAUCGUGGUGGAGACGGAGGCCGAGGCCGGAGCCAGCGGCUACAGCGUGACGGGCGGAGGACAGCAGGGAAUCUUCGUUAAAGACGUCCUCAAAGACUCGCCGGCCGCCAAACAUCUCAGUUUGCAGCAAGGUGACCAGCUGCUGAGCGCCAAAGUGUACUUUGACAACGUGAGGUAUGAAGACGCUCUGAAGAUCCUCCAGUGUGCCGAGCCCUACAAGGUCAGCUUCCUGGUCAAGAGGACCGUCCCAGAAGCAGACAUCAUUGUGAGAACUGGAGUGCCCAUCGUGGAGGUCAAAGGUCCCAAAGCCAAGAUGGCCAAAAUGAGCGUGAAGGGCACCAAAGCAUUCAAGGCCAAGAAGAAGCGAGGUGGCCGCUUCGGUCUGAAGAGGCUGAAGGAGAAGCGUCGGGAGGAGCUGGUCAUCGAGGGAACGCCGCCCAGGCUGGAGAUAAGUGACGUGGAGUUUGCCCUCCCGAUAUUCCAACACAGGAAGGGCGGCCACCUGGACGAGGCAGAAGGUGGCGCUGCAGUGAAGGCAAAGAGGAAAAUCAGGUUUCCUCGCAUUAAGACAAAAACUCACACUGGAGGAAAAGAGGACACUGGACGGCUGGAGGGAGCUGAGAUUCCUGGAGCUAAAGUAAAGAGCAAAGCAAAAGGUCACACGUUUGGAAUUAGCUUUCCACAGACCAAGUCUGGAUCUGUGGAGCUGAAGAAGCCAGACACGAACAUCCAGCCUCCAUCGGUGGAGUUUAGUCUGUCUGCUGGUCAAGAGAAGAAAGGGGCGAUAUUUACUUCCCCUGAUGUAGAAUUUGCUCUUCCUUCCGGCAAAGCUGAGGCUGCUUUGCCCACCAGGAAGGGAAAAGUGGAAAUUAAAGCUCGAAAAGGGAAGGUCGGAGGACUAGAAGCUGAAGCCACUCAGGGAAAAGUUGAAGUAGAGUCAGGAAAAGGAGAUGGUAAACUUAGAAUGCCAAAGAUAAAACUUCCCAAAGUGAGACUCUCACGUCAUUUGAAUGACAACGAUGAUGGUGUCAAGGUAAAAGUUCCUCAAGUAGAAAUGAAAGCAGGAAGUGGGAUAGAAGGACAUGUCAACAAACCAAAAAUACAAGCAGACCUUCCUUCAAUGAACAUGCCUUCCGUGGAUAUUUCUUUACCUAAAGUCAAAGGAAAAGCUGGCAAGGACAUCUCAGUGCCUGACCUGGAGCUGGAUGUUGGCAGACUUCCUGAUGAGGUAGAGGGCACUUUUAAAGGACCGCAAAUUGCUAUGCCCACACUUGAUGUCUCUUUAUCAAAGAUGGGAUCCUCUGAUGGGAAAGUUAAAGGUUCACAAAGUGCAGGGAAGUUCAGUCUGCCUUCUGUAGACGUCUCCCCGCCCAAAGUAAAAGCCGAGACUCGAGACAUAGACAUGGACGUUUACGUCGGCGGAGAUGGGAAGUUCAAACUGCCUAAUUUUAACGUAUCCCUGCCAAACGUCAAACCACAUGAAGGAGAGGUUCGUCUCAAAGGAGCAGAUGUUGAAGGAGGGUUUAAAUUACCCACUGUGGACCAGACUCUUCCCAAAAGCAAAGACCUGGACAUUGACCUUCCCAAAGUUGAAGGAGACUUGGAUAUUGAUGGUUUUAAUGUCAAAGGAGGAACAUUUAAAUUGCCAACAGUGGAUGUUUCGUUGCCAAAAGUAAAUCUUCCAGAAGGUGGUGUUCAAUUAAAAGGUCCAGAACUCAAGGGGGGAAAGCUGGAAAUGUCAGGGGUUGAUGUCUCACUUCCCAAAGGAAAGGUUGAGGGUGACUUUGAUAUUGAAGUUCCUAAGUUCAAAGGAGGAAAGUUCAAAAUGCCAACAUUGGAUGUUUCUUCACCAAAAAUUAAUCUUCCAGAGGGUGGCAUCAAACUAAAAGGUCCAGACUUUGGAGGAAAAAUGGAAAUGCCAGAUGUUGAUGUUUCACUUCCUAAAGGAAAAGUGGAAGGUGACCUUGAUAUUGAAGGUCCAGAGAUGAAGGGAGGAAAGUUUAAAAUGCCAAAGUUUGAUGUUUCCUUACCAAAAGUCAGUCUUCCAGAAGGUGGCAUCAAACUAAAAGGUCCAGCUUUUGGAGGAAAGAUGGAAAUGCCAGGUGUUGAUGUAUCACUUCCUAAAGGAAAACUUGAAGCUGACCUUGAUGUUGAGGGUCCAGAGAUGAAGGGAGGAAAGUUUAAAAUGCCAAAGUUUGAUGUUUCUUUACCAAAAGUCAGUCUUCCAGAAGGUGGCAUCAAACUAAAAGGUCCAGACUUUGGAGGAAAAAUGGAAAUGCCAGAUGUUGAUGUUUCACUUCCUACAGGAAAAGUUGAAGGUGACCUUGAUAUUGAAGGUCCAGAGAUGAAGGGAGGAAAGUUUAAAAUGCCAAAGUUUGAUGUUUCUUUACCAAAAGUCAGUCUUCCAGAAGGUGGCAUCAAACUAAAAGGUCCAGACUUUGGAGGAAAGAUGGAAAUGCCAGGUGUUGAUGUUUCACUUCCUAAAGGAAAACUUGAAGCUGACCUUGAUGUUGAGGGUCCAGAGAUGAAAGGAGGAAAGUUUAAAAUGCCAAAGUUUGAUGUUUCUUUACCAAAAGUCAGUCUUCCAGAAGGUGGCAUCAAACUAAAAGGUCCAGACUUUGGAGGAAAAAUGGAAAUGUCGGAUGUUGAUGUUUCACUUCCUAAAGGAAAGGUUGAAGGUGACCUUGAUAUUGAAGGUCCAGAGAUGAAGGGAGGAAAGUUUAAAAUGCCAAAGUUUGAUGUUUCUUUACCAAAAGUCAGUCUUCCAGAAGGUGGCAUCAAACUAAAAGGUCCAGACUUUGGAGGAAAAAUGGAAAUGCCAGAUGUUGAUGUUUCACUUCCUAAAGGAAAAGUUGAAGGUGACCUUGAUAUUGAAGGUCCAAAGAUGAAGGGAGGAAAGUUUAAAAUGCCAAAGUUUGAUGUUUCUUUACCAAAAGUCUGUCUUCCAGAAGGUGGCAUCAAACUAAAAGGUCCAGACUUUGGAGGAAAAAUGGAAAUGCCAGAUGUUGAUGUUUCUCUUCCUAAAGGAAAAGUUGAAGGUGACCUUGAUAUUGAGGGUCCAGAGAUGAAGGGAGGAAAGUUUAAAAUGCCAAAGUUCGACGUUUCUUUACCAAAAGUCAGUCUUCCAGAAGGUGGCAUCAAACUAAAAGGUCCAGACUUUGGAGGAAAAAUGGAAAUGCCAGAUGUUGAUGUUUCACUUCCUAAAGGAAAACUUGAAGCUGACCUUCAUGUUGAGGGUCCAGAGAUGAAGGGAGGAAAGUUUAAAAUGCCAAAGUUUGAUGUUUCUUUACCAAAAGCCAGUCUUCCAGAAGGUGGCAUCAAACUAAAAGGUCCAGACUUUGGAGGAAAAAUGGAAAUGCCAGAUGUUGAUGUUUCACUUCCUAAAGGAAAAGUUGAAGGUGACCUUGAUAUUGAAGUUCCAGAGAUGAGGGGAGGAAAGUUUAAAAUGCCAAAGUUUGAUGUUUCUUUACCAAAAGUCAGUCUUCCAGAAGGUGGCAUCAAACUAAAAGGUCCAGACUUUGGAGGAAAGAUGGAAAUGCCAGGUGUUGAUGUUUCACUUCCUAAAGGAAAACUUGAAGCUGACCUUGAUGUUGAGGGUCCAGAGAUGAAGGGAGGAAAGUUUAAAAUGCCAAAGUUUGAUGUUUCUUUACCAAAAGUCUGUCUUCCAGAAGGUGGCAUCAAACUAAAAGGUCCAGACUUUGGAGGAAAAAUGGAAAUCCCAGAUGUUGAUGUUUCACUUCCUAAAGGAAAACUUGAAGCUGACCUUGAUGUUGAGGGUCCAGAGAUGAAAGGAGGAAAGUUUAAAAUGCCAAAGUUUGAUGUUUCUUUACCAAAAGUCAGUCUUCCAGAAGGUGGCAUCAAACUAAAAGGUCCAGACUUUGGAGGAAAAAUGGAAAUGUCGGAUGUUGAUGUUUCACUUCCUAAAGGAAAGGUUGAAGGUGACCUUGAUAUUGAAGGUCCAGAGAUGAAGGGAGGAAAGUUUAAAAUGCCAAAGUUUGAUGUUUCUUUACCAAAAGUCAGUCUUCCAGAAGGUGGCAUCAAACUAAAAGGUCCAGACUUUGGAGGAAAAAUGGAAAUGCCAGAUGUUGAUGUUUCACUUCCUAAAGGAAAAGUUGAAGGUGACCUUGAUAUUGAAGGUCCAGAGAUGAAGGGAGGAAAGUUUAAAAUGCCAAAGUUUGAUGUUUCUUUACCAAAAGUCAGUCUUCCAGAGGGUGGCAUCAAACUAAAAGGUCCAGACUUUGGAGGAAAAAUGGAAAUGCCAGAUGUUGAUGUUUCACUUCCUAAAGGAAAACUUGAAGGUGACCUUGAUAUUGAAGGUCCAGAGAUGAAGGGAGGAAAGUUUAAAAUGCCAAAGUUUGAUGUUUCUUUACCAAAAGUCAGUCUUCCAGAAGGUGGCAUCAAACUAAAAGGUCCAGACUUUGGAGGAAAAAUGGAAAUGCCAGAUGUUGAUGUUUCACUUCCUAAAGGAAAAGUUGAAGGUGACCUUGAUAUUGAAGGUCCAGAGAUGAAGGGAGGAACGUUUAAAAUGCCAAAGUUUGAUGUUUCUUUACCAAAAGUCAGUCUUCCAGAAGGUGGCAUCAAACUAAAACGUCCAGACUUUGGAGGAAAAAUGGAAAUGCCAGAUGUUGAUGUUUCACUUCCUAAAGGAAAGGUUGAAGGUGACCUUGAUAUUGAAGGUCCAGAGAUGAAGGGAGGAAAGUUUAAAAUGCCAAAGUUCGACGUUUCUUUACCAAAAGUCAGUCUUCCAGAAGGUGGCAUCAAACUAAAAGGUCCAGACUUUGGAGGAAAAAUGGAAAUGCCAGAUGUUGAUGUUUCACUUCCUAAAGGAAAAGUUGAAGGUGACCUUGAUAUUGAAGGUCCAGAGAUGAAGGGAGGAAAGUUUAAAAUGCCAAAGUUUGAUGUUUCUUUACCAAAAGUCAGUCUUCCAGAAGGUGGCAUCAAACUAAAAGGUCCAGACUUUGGAGGAAAGAUGGAAAUGCCAGAUGUUGAUGUUUCAUUUCCUAAAGGAAAAGCUGAAGGAGACCUUGCUAUUGAAGGCCCUGAUCUCAAAGGAGGAAAGUUAAAAAUGCCAAAAAUGGAUGUUUCUUUACCAAAAGUAAAUCUUCCAGAAGGUGGCAUCAAACUAAAAGGUCCUGAUUUUGAGGGAAGUACGAUUGAAAUGCCAACAUUUGAUGUUUCUUUGCCAAACGUCAAUAUUCCAGAGGGUGGAGUCAAAGUAAAAAGUCACAAACUCAAAGCAGGAAUUAUGGAAAUACCAGAUGUUGAUGUUUCACUUCCCAAAGGAAAAGCAGGAGUAAAAAUGGCAAUUGAAGGACAUGUUGGCAAAGGAGGAAAGUUCCAUAUGCCCUCUGUUGAUAUUUCUUUUCCUAAAAUGAAAACGAAAGGUCCUGGGAUAAACAUUGAGGGUCCUGACAUGAAAAGUGGAACGGUCUCCAUACCAAGAGUUGAUGUUUCACUUCCCAAAGUUGAAGGAGACCUGAAUAUUGACGGUCCUGAUAUCAAAGAAGGAAAAUUCAAAAUGCCGAAGGUUGAUGUUUCUUUACCAAAAGUCAAUCUUCCAGAGGGUGGCAUUAAACUAAAAAGUCCAGAUGUCAAGGUAGGAAAGAUAGGAAUGCCAGAUGUUGAUGUUUCACUUCCUAAAGGAAAAGUUGAAGGUGACCUGGAUAUUGAAGGUCCUGUUGUAAAACCAAAGUUCAGCCUUCCAGAGGGUGGUAUCAAACUGAAAGGUCCAGAGUUCAGUAAUGCAAAUAUUGAGAUGCCUGAUUUAGAUAUUUCACUUCCUAAAGGAAAAGUUAAGGCAGGUGUUGAUCAGGAAGGUCUUGAUAUUAAAGGAAGAAAGUACAAAAUGCCAACAAUUGAUGUUUCCUUGCCAAAAGUAAAUCUUCCAGAGGGUGGUGUUAAAAUAAAAGGUCCUGACUUUGGAGGAAGGAUAGAAAUGCCAGAUGUUGAUGUAUCACUUCCUAAAGGAAAAGCAGAAGGAGAAAUAGGAGUUGAAGGACAUGUUGGCAAAGGAGGAAAGUUCCAUAUGCCCUCUGUUGAUAUUUCUCUUCCUAAAAUGAAAACAAAAGGUCAUGAGAUAAACAUUGAAGGUCCUGACAUGAAAGGUGGAAAGGUCUCCAUACCAAGUGUUGAUGUUUCACUUCCCAAAGUUGAAGGAGACCUGGAUAUUGAAGGUCCUGCUAUCAAAGGAGGAAAGUUCAAAAUGCCAACAUUUGAUGUUUCUUUACCAAAAGUCAAUCUUCCAGAAGGUGGUAUCAAACUAAAAGGUCCAGACCUUAAAGGAGGAACAAUGGAAAUGCCAGAUGUUGAUGUUUCACUUCCCAAAGGAAAAGUUGAAGGAAACUUUGGCAUUGACAGUCCUGACGUCAAAGGAGGGAAGUUCAAAAUGCCAACAUUAGAUGUUUCUAUACCAAAAGUCAAUCUCCCAAAGUUUGAUGCAAGUUUGGAAGGACCAAAUAUCAAAGGAAAACUUGAAAUACCAAGUGUGGACAUUUCACCGCCAAAAGGAAAAGUUGAAGCUGACUUUGAUGUUGACGGUCCAGAAAUGAAAGGAGGAAAGGUCAAAAUGCCCAAAUUUGAUGUUUCUUUGCCAAAAGUCAAUCUUCCAGAGGGUGGCAUCAAACUGAAAGGUCCAGGGUUCACUGGGGCAAAGAUUGAGAUGCCUAAUUUAGAUAUUAACCUUCCCAAAGGAAAGGUUGAGGGAGGUGUUGAUUUUGACGGUCUGGAUGUCAAAGGAGGAAAGUUCAAAAUGCCCACGUUAGAUGUUUCUUUGCCAAACGUAAAUCUUCCAGAACGUGGGAUUAAACUAAAAGGUCCAGAACUCCAAGGAGGAAAUGUGGACAUACCAUACGUUGAUGUCUCACUCCCUAAAGGAAAAGCAGGAGGUGAUGUAGGAACUGAAGGACAUGUUGGCAAAGGAGGAAAGUUUCAUAUGCCCUCUGUUGAUAUUUCUCUUCCUAAAAUGAAAACAAAAGGUCCUGAGAUAAGCAUUGAAGGUCCUGACAUGAAAGGUGGAAAGGUCUCCAUGCCAAGUGUUGAUGUUUCACUUCCCAAAGUUGAAGGAGACCUGAAUAUUGAAGGUCCUGAUAACAAAGGAGGAAAAUUCCAAAUGCCAACGUUUGAUGUUUCUUUACCAAAAGUUGUUCUUCCAGCAGGUGGUAUUGAACUAAAAGGUCCAGAAAUCAAGAGAGGUUAUGUGGAAAUGCCGGAUGUUGAUGUUUCACUCCCCAAAGGACAAGUUGAAGGAAACUUUGACAUCGAAGGGCCCGACAUCAAAGGAGGGAAGUUCAAAAUGCCAACGUUCGAUGUUUCUUUACCAAAAGUCAAUCUCCCAAAGUUUGAGCCAAGAGUGGAAGGACCAAAUAUCAAAGGAAAAAUUGAAAUGCCAAGUGUGGAUAUUUCACUGCCAAAGGGGAAAGUUGAAGCUGACCUUGAUGUUGAGGGUCCAGAAAUAAAGGGAGGAAAGUUCAAAAUGCCAACAUUUGAUGUUUCUUUGCCAAAAACCAAUCUUCCUGAGGGUGGCAUCAAACUGAAAAGUCCAGGGUUUAGCGGGGCAAAGAUUGAGAUGCCUGAUUUAGAUAUUUCCCUUCCCAAGCAAAGGGUUGGUGUAGGUGUUGAUCUUGGCGGUCCGGAUGUCAAAGGAGGAAAGUUCAAAAUGCCCACGUUAGAUGUUUCUUUACCAAAAGUCAGUCUUCCAGAAGGUGGCAUCAAACUAAAAGGUCCAGACUUUGGUGGAAAGAUGGAAAUGCCAAAUGUUGAUGUUUCACUUCCUAAAGGAAAAGUUGAAGGACACCUGGAUUUUGAAGGUCCUGAUGUCAAAGGCGGAAAGUUCAAAAUGCCCACGUUAGAUGUUUCCUUACCAAAAGUCAAUCUUCCAGAGGCUGGAAUCAAAAUAAAAAGUCCAGAACUCAAAGGAGGAAAUAAGGAAGUACCAGAUGUUGAUGUCUCACUUCCUAAAGGAAAAGCAGGAGGAGAAAUAGGAAUUGAAGGACAUGUUGGCAAAGGAGGAAAGUUCCAUAUGCCCUCUGUUAAUAUUUCUCUUCCUAAAAUAAAAACAAAAGGUUCAGAGAUAAACAUUGAAGGUCCUGACAUGAAAGGUGGAAAAGUCUCCAUGCCAGGUGUUGAUGUUUCCCUUCCAAAAGUUGAAGGAGACCUGGAUAUUGAAGGUCCUGGUAUUAAAGGAGAUACAUUCAAAAUGCCAACAUUUGAUGUUUCUUUGCCAAAAGUCAGUCUUCCAGAGGGUGGCAUCAAACUAAAAGGUCCAGAGUUCAGUGAUGCAAAGAUUGAGAUGCCUGAUUUAGAUAUUUCGCUUCCUAAAGGAAAAGUUGUGACAGGUGUUGAUCUUGAAGGUCCUGAUGUCAAAGGAAGAAAGUUAAAGAUACCAACACUAGAUGUCUCUUUACCAAAAGUCAAUCUCCCAAAAUUGGAUCCCAGUUUGGAAAGAGCAGAUGUUGGCAAAGGAAAAAUGAAUAUGCCAAGUGUGGAUAUUUCACUUCCAAAAGGAAUCGUUGAGGCUGACAUUGAUGUUGAGGGUCCAGAGAUGAAAGGAGGAAAGUUCAAAAUGCCAACAUUUGAUGUUUCUCUGCCAAAGGUCAAUCUUCCACACGGUGGUGUUAAAAUAAGAGGUCCAGACUUUGAAGGAGAAAUGGAAUUGCCAAAUGCUGAUGUAUCACUUCCCAAAGGAAAAGUAGAGGAAGCAAUAGGAAUUGACGGACAUGUUGGCAAAGGAGGAAAGUUCCAUAUGCCCUCGGUUGAUAUUGCACUUCCUAAAAUGAAGACAAAAGGUCCUGAGAUAAUCAUUGGAGGUCCUGACAUGAAAAGUGGAAAUAUCUCCAUGCCAAGUGUUGAUGUUUCCCUUCCCAAAGUUGAAGGAGACCUGCAUGUUAAAAGUCCUGAUGCCAAAGGGAAAAAAGUCAAAAUGCCAACAUUUGAUGUUUCUUUACCAAAAGUCAAUCUUCCAGAGGGUGGUAUCAAACUAAAAGGUCCAGACCUCAAAGGAGGAACAGUGGAAAAAAUGGAUGUUGACGUUUCACUUCCCAAAGGAAAGAUUGAAGGAAACUUUGACAUUGUAGGGCCUGAUGUCAAAGGAGGAAAAUUCAAAAUGCCAACAUUGGAUGUUUCUAUACCAAAAGUCAAUCUCCCAAAGUUUGAUCCCAGUUUGGGAAGACCAGAUAUUGAAAUGCACAGUGUGGAGGUUUCUCUGCCAAAAGCAAAAGUUGAGGCUGACAUUGAUGUUGAGAGUCCAGAGAUGAAGGGAGGAAAGUUCAAAAUGCCAACAUUUGAUGUUUCUUUGCCAAAAGUCAAUCUUCCACACGGUGGUGUUAAAAUAAGAGGUCCAGAUUCUAGAGGAAAGAUUGACAUGCCAGAUGUUGAUGUAUCACUUCCCAAAGGAAAGGCUGAGGGAGAAAUAGUAAUUGAAGGACAUGUUGACAAAGGAGGAAAGUUCCAUAUACCCUCUGUUGAUAUUUCUCUUCCAAAAAAUAAAACAAAAGGUCCUGAAAUAAACAUUGAAGGUCCUGACAUGAAAGGUGGAAAGGUGCCCAUACCAAGUGUUGAUGUUUCUCUUCCCAAAGUUACAGGAGACCUGGAUAUUGAAGGUCCUGAUAUCAAAGGAGGGAAGUUCAAAAUGCCAACAUUUGAUGUUUCUUUACCAAAAGUCAAUCUUCCAGAGGGUGGUAUCAAACUGAAAGGUCCAGACCUUAAAGGAGGAACAAUGGAAAUGCCAGAUGUUGAGGUUUCAAUUCCCAAAGGAAAAGUUGAGGGAAACUUUGGCAUUGACAGUCCUGAUGUCAAAGGAGGAAAAUUAAAAAUGCCCGCAUUGGAUGUUUCUCUCCCAAAAGUCAAUCUCCCAAAAUUAAAUCCCAGUUUAGAAGGACCAGAUUUCAAAAGAAAAUUUGAAAUGCCAAGUGUGAAUAUUUCACUGCCAAAAGGAAAAGUUGAAGCUGACCUGGAUGUUGUGGGUCCAGAAAUGAAAGAAGGAAAGUACAAAAUGCCAACAAUUGAUGUUUCUUUGCCAAAGGUGAAUCUUCCAGAGAGUGGCGUUAAAAUAAGAGGUCCAGACUUUGGCAGAAAGGUUGAAAUACCAGACGCUGAUAUUUCGCUUCUCAAAGGAAAAGCAGAAGGAGAAAUGGUAAUUGAAGGACAUGUUGACAAAGGAGGAAAGUUCCAUAUGCCCUCUGUUGAUAUUUCUCUUCCUAAAAUGAAAACAAAAGGUCCUGAGAUAAACAUUGAAGGUCCUGACAUCAAAGGUGGAAAGGUCUCCAUGCCAAGUGUUGAUGUUUCCCUUCCCAAAAUUAAAUCUCCAGAAGCGGAAGCAGAUAUUCGUCCAGCCACAUUUGACGUAAAAGGUGUGGACAUUAAGACAGGUAACGUAGAAGGUCCAGAUUCAUCUCUUAAACUUCACACAGUUAAAUUGCCAACAGUGGACAUCUCCGCUCCAAAGGUGGAUCUAGACUUUGGCAUCUCCAAACCAAAAGGUGAUGAUGUGGAAGUGGCGCUUCUAAAGGCUGAGGGAAGUCGGCCUUCUUCAGGGGGAAGCUUUGAUUUACCCAGUGUUUCUCUCAAAGUCCCAAGCUUAACUCUUCCCCGAUUUGGUGGGAAAUCCAAGAGUGGAAAGUUGGAUAUAUCAGGGCAAAGCAGCGAGGGGGAUAUUUCUCUCAAUGCACCAUCCAUGGAGUUGAACUUAGACAAAAACAUAAAGGGGAAAAAAAAUAAACUCAAAAAGCCCUCCUGGGGAACAUCCAAAAUAGACGCAGAUGUAUCAGUGUCUUGUCCUGAAUUAGAUGUUAACUUAAAAAAGGGGGCAGUUGACCUUCCUCAAUCAAAUGUUCAACUCCCAGAGGCCGACAUGGAAGGGAAAGGUCGAUUUCACGCACCUGAUGUCACCAUCAAACUACCAAAAUUCUCCAUGCCAGCAUUUGGUUCAAAAGACAUAGAUUUUGGAAAGCCAGGUGGUGACCUUGAAACAAAGGCUAAGGUCAAGGUGCCCUCAGUAGAGCUGUCACUACCAGCCUCCAAAUCACCAGAAACUGAGGUUCUUCUUCCCAAAGCAGAGGUGGAUGUAUCAGACCAUCAUCAUACAAAAAUAAGAUAUGAUCUCAGUCAUGAGAGAGAGGGAGCCAAAUUCAAGAUGCCUGAUGUUGGCAUAUCCUUACCUAAAGGGAAGGCAGGCAAAAUGGCAGGAAGUCAUGCUGGAGCUGAAGUUGAAAGGGGGAAGUUUAGAAUCCCUCACAAAGUCAUUCCUGAUGUGGACGUGUCACUGCCGAAAGUAAAACCUUUAAAGACUGAAGAAUCAGAAGUUGAAAUCAAGGGAAAGUUAAAAAUACCGCCAGUUGAUGUGUCAAAUUUUGAAGUGGACACAGAAGUCAAAUCACCAGAUGUGAACGUUGAUCUGCGUCUUGGUAAAGCCAAACAAGACACGGGCAACAAAGACGAAGCUGAUGUGCAUGUUGAGGGAACAGGUCUGAAACUGAAGAUGCCAAGACUUGAUAUCAAAGCUCCUAAAGGAGGCCUGGAACUGGGUUUAGGACUUGGCAAAGGAGAGGCCUCAACUGAAGCCAGUGGCAAAGUCAAAGGGCCAAAAGUGAAAGGAACUAAGUUUAAUAUUGGAAUGCCAAAAAAGACAAAUGGUGGUGGUGUAAAGAUAUCCCAAAAUGUUGAGCAGGACAACCACAAUAGACACACAGAAGGUCCAAACAUCAAAAUGGAAGGUGUCACGUUACCAAGUGGCUCAGCCAGUGUGGGGAAAGAAGGAGGAAUAGUUUUACCAAAUAUUCCAGACAUAGACUUUGACAUCGGCACAUCACAGGAUGAAGAGGAAGAAAAGAAGAUCAAAAUCCCCAAAUUUGGUGUUCCGUUACCCGCCAUGUCCUCCCCUGAAGGAAGGAUGGAGUUCUGUGGGCCAGAGAUCAGAUACGAGGGCCCCAAAAUCCCUAAAGUGAAGAAAGCGGUUUUUGUUUUAGCAAAUCCACCACGAACAGAGGACGUUACUCGAUCUACAGGUGACACCAAGCUGAAGAUGUCAAAGAUACAAACAAAGUCAAUAGAAACUUCUGUCACACAGGGAGGGACUGUUAGAUUUCCUGAAGUGACAGUGAGUCCUGGAAAAUCAUGGUCAGCUGACGUCGCUCUCAAGGCGGACAAUUCAAGUUCAAGUCCUGACAAGGUAUUUAAAGCGGACACGAGCACAGUGAGCAGCAAGGUCAGACAUCCAAAGGUAGAAUUCACGUCUCCUCACGGCAAGAAGACUGCAGCUGACGCCAACCUGGAAAGAGGAAGCAAAGUUGUUCAACAUUCAUCACCAGGAGAAGUUGAGCAAAACCCUGCAGGAAUGCAGCUAAAACCCCACAAUAUUUCAUUCGAAGGUUUCCACGAGGACUCUCCAAGGGAACUUGUCUCACUCUCUCGGACAGAAAAGCUGGAAAGAGACGGUUCCCGGUCUCCUUCUGGUUAUACUGUGGAGUUCAGCUCAGCAAAGGUCCAAACUUGGAGCAAGACGGACACCGAAGGAGACUCCCAAGAGGGAGAGUCUUCCCCCUGGUUCAAGGCCCCAAAGUUCACCCUGAAGCCACACUCCACAGGCUUCCUCCAGAUCACACCAGAGGGGUCUCCUCAGGCGCAGCGCCGAGGAGAGGUGGGGGGCGAGGCCAACGUCUCAGGGUCCUUCUGCCUGCACACGGCCGACAUGGACGUCACCACCCGGGAAGUGUCCUCCGCCGGGGGAGGAGGGGCCGUCACCACGGUGACCAAGACGUCCAGGAUCACGCGACAAUCCACGCCGGGCGGGACGCGGACGGGCAGCGGAUCGUUGGUGAGCACUCGCCAGCCUUCAGACCUCUGAGAGCAUGAACGUCUUUUUUCAGUAGAGUAAUAUAUAUUUACAUUUUUAUUAUAUUUGUGCCUUUUUGUUACUGCAUCUAAGGGGUGUUAGAAUAGUUGGAGUUAAGAUUUCACACUAAAUGUCAUCAUUUCAUGUCCAUUUACUGCCAGAGGACAAUGUAAAUACAGCAAGCCAUGUAUGGAGCUGACAGUCUUUAUUAGCAUUAGUAGUAUUGUCACAGUUGCUUUUGUUUGUCUUUGCAAUUUGUUUUUUUUAAGCAUUUAGUUUGUCGAUAAUGCUCAAAUAUUGCUUUUUUUUUUCAAAGUGUGGAUCACCGUCAUCAACUGUAAGCUUCUAGCUGCUGUCGGUCAAACAUUUUGUUGAAACUGCUGCUACUCUAGUUCAUAUUUCUAUUUUUCAUGCAUUACCAUUACAACUCCAGCUCUCAGUUCUCAACAUUUGAAAGCUAAAAAUCCAAAUUAUAUAUA